GCGCGUCUCCCACCGCGAGCCGCAGAUACACGCGCGCUGUUAUUGUACAUACGUACACCGCGUUAAAAUUUUCGCAAUUUCCUCGAGAACGAGAAGGAGAGUGAGAGAGACGGAGAAUGGCAGACGAGCCUUUUAGAAGCGCUAGCGCGGGUCGAGCCGAUGUGUAUAUAUUGGAGUCGGGGCAAGGCGUUGUCAAUUCGCAGUACGCACUCGAUCACCUCGGAUCGGAUUUUCAGUCACGCAGCCUCAUAGCGAACGACCAGUCGAUUUGCUUCUAAUUGCUAUUGUGAGAGGAGAAGAGAAGAUAAUAUAAGACAUGGAUUCCCUCACCGUCGAGCAGAUCUUGGAGGACAAUGUUCCGGAGCAGCAGCUCAAGACGGUCAAGCGCGUGCUCUACGGACGCGAAAUUGAGGCUCUCGACCUGCCGCCGAUGGAGAAGGGCUUGCAGUGCGAGCUCAAGGGUUACAAGCUCGGCGGUGCGAUAGCCGAGCAACUUCGCGCCCCCCGCGUCGUUAAAGUCGCCAUAAUCCAACACGGACUUGUGGUGCCGACGUCGGAGCCGAUCCGAGUCCAGCGGGAUGAGAUCCACAAGAAGGUCACGAAGUACAUCGAGCAUGCGGCUACUUGCGGAGCUAACAUCGUCUGCAUGCAGGAGCUUUGGACGAUGCCGAUGGCCUUCUGCACUCGCGAGAAGUACCCCUGGAACGAGUUCGCUGAGGACGCUUUGACCGGGCCGACGACGACCCUCAUGGUGAAGAUCGCCCAGAAGCACGGCAUCGUCAUCGUCUCGUCGAUCCUCGAGCGCGAGUCCAGCAACAGCGACAUCAUCUGGAACACAACGGUGGUCAUCAACUCGGACGGUCGCGUCCUCGGCAAGCAGAGGAAGAACCACAUCCCCAGAAACGGCGACUUCAACGAGUCCACUUACUACAUGGAGGGUAACCUCGGUCAUCCCGUCUUCGACACGACCUUCGGCAAGAUUGGCGUCGUCACGUGCUACGGUCGGCACCAUCCUCUCAACUGGCUCAUGUACGGAAUCAACGGCGCCGAGAUCGUCUUCAACCCGUCGGCGAUCAUAGCCGAGCAGUUCGAGACCCUGUGGGGAGUGGAAGCUCGUUGCGCGGCGAUCUCCAACAGCUACUACACUUGCGCGAUCAACCGAGUCGGUACCGAGGUGUACCCCAACGCCUUCACUUCUGGGGACGGCAAACCUCCGCACAAGGAGCUCGGCGAGUUCUUCGGCUCGAGCUACAUCACCGCACCCGACGGUACCCGCACACCAGGACUUAACCGUACCGGUGACGGUGUUCUCAUCGCAGAGAUCGACCUCAACCUGUGCAGGCAGGUGCGCGAUCUCUGGAACUUCCCGAUGACGCGCAGACUGGAUCUGUACUCGCGGGAGCUCACCAAGGCAACCGACCCCAACUACCAGCCGCAAAUCGUCGGAAAGUAAAUUGCCGCGUGCGCAGCUCUUCAAUGCCGAGAAUCUCGCAGGCAUUCGUUGUAAAAUCGUACUAUUACAUUUUUGAUACCUCUUUUCUAUGUUUGUUUUACAAAUAUUUUUUACACCUUGCUUCCAGCGUGUCUCUUGAGUAUGAUUGUGCAAUAAAUUGUAGGUUCUAAAAAUAAUUGUUCAUAGAUGCGAUUAUUCGGUUGCCUUAUAGCAGUUGCGAAAUUGCGAUCGAUCAUAUAAUGUAAUUAUGAAAUAUUGCGCGAACGAUAAGACAGAUGCACUUUAUCGUUCACUUUUUAUGUAAGAUCAGUAUAGGCAUCUAUUUGAAUAAAAAACCAAGUGAUAACGUA